CACCCGAUGGAUUUUAUGUUAUAGUCCUGGAGUACGCCGAAAUGGGCGAUUUACGCAAAUAUCUAGAAAGCAAAUUUACUGACAUUACGUGGGAGGAAAAGAUCGACAUUAGCAUACAGAUUUCGGACGGUCUAAGUUUUCUACACACAAAUGAAAUAUUGCAUAGAGACCUG